CUCGACGGAACAGUUUAACAACUACAAUGGACAACAUUUACUGAUCUUUUUCUCACAUGUUCAGAAAUAUGGAGACUUUUGUUGUAUAUUUUGUUCUGUUGCUCGUGGAUGACGUGUUUAGUUUUAUGGUUGAAAUACAGUCUGUGUCAGCGAUGGAGGGAGAUUCUGUCACUUUAUAUACUGAUGUUACUGAAACACAGAAGGCUGAUCUGAUACUGUGGACGUAUGGAUCGGACAGCACUCGAAUAGCUCAAAUAAACAGAAUUUCCAAUAAGAUCUCAUUAUAUGAGGAUGUUCUUGAUGAGAGAUUCAGAGAGAGACUGAAGCUGGACGAUCAAACUGGAUCUCUGACCAUCACAAACAUCACAACUGAACACGCUGGAGAUUACGGAUUUCUACAGAUCUUUGAUGGAAAAGAAGUCACACCCAAAAAAUUCAGCAUUGCUGUUUCCGCAUUUCUGCCUGUUCCUGUCAUCAGCAGAAACUGUUCUUCUUUUUCAUCAUCAUCCUCAUAUUGUUCAUUGGUGUGUUCAGUGGUGAAUGUGGGUCAUGUGACUCUCUCCUGGUACAAAGGAAACAGUUUAUUGUCCAGCAUCAGUGUGUCUGAUCUCAGCAUCAGUCUCUCUCUACCUCUGGAGGUGGAAUAUCAGGAUAAAAACAGCUACAGCUGUGUGCUCAACAAUCCCAUCAGCAACCAGACUCAACAUCUGGACAUCACUCAGCUCUGUCACACAUGUGAAGGUAUGGCAGCUAUUAGCUAAUUCUCAUAGAGCUGAUAUCAGCUGGUCAUGCUCUAGUACUUCAGUACUACAUUAAUAUCGUCUCUCUCUUUCCUUUAUAGCACCGGGUUUAUCCGCAGCUCAUGUGGCACUGGUUUGUGCUGGUGCUUUGGCUGUGGCUGCAGUUUUGUGUGGUAUUUAUUAUUACUGUCAUCACAAGACGCCUACACAAGAAGUCGAAGACAAACCUAAUGGAGAACUUAUCAAGCUAAAUAAAGCAAAUGGAGAAAUGUUUAUUGAUUCAAAAAAUGGUGUGUUUCUGAAAGAAGAUGACGUCACCUUGGUGCAAAUGAGUGAAGACCACUCAGUCAAACUAAACACUUAUCUGACUGAAACACAGGAAACUGACAUAAUAUGGUGGAAGUUUGUUGAUUCCAAAGAUGCCAAUAGUGCCAAAUUUGUUAUCAUAGCUAGACUGAAUAAAACCAACAACGAGGAAUACCUAUGUAAUGAAGAAAUGUUCAAAGACAAGUUGAAACUGGACCACAACACCGGAUCUCUGACCAUCUCAAGCAUCACACCUGAACAUUACGGUCAUUAUAAUCUACAGAUCAUCAGAGAAGGAGCGAUGGUCGUUCAUACGUUCAGUUUUGUCGCUCAUGAUCUAAUGAGAAGAGAACAGACACAAAGCCUUUUUCAGAGGAGACAAACCUGCCCAUGAUUACAACCGAUGACCUUCCCGUGUAUGAAGACUGGAAUAGCAUCCACA